AUUCGGUGAACGGAAAGAUUUGACCGUUAAAAGUAGGUGGAGAUGAUUGAAGGAGUAGUUCAGAAUUAUUAUUAUGCCAUUUAUGGCUAUUACUACUGUUUCGUCUUCUUUAUACUUUCUGGCAGAAGACUGUGAUCAAAACAAAUUAAAACAAGGAAUAAGAAAGGAAGAGAUAUCAAGCAUGACCAAGACAAGAGAAAUGGAUACAACUGAUGAUGCUCAUCAAGCUCAACAACAUAAAGCUACAAGCAAAGGUAUGGUGGAGCAGACCAAAACAAGUCUCCUGAGAGCUGCUGUUGAAAGGCAGGAUCCCUCUUCCAAGGGAGUAGAUGACUCGACUCUAAGAAGGUUUCUGCGGGCUCGUGAUCUGGAUGUCCAGAGAGCUUCCGCCAUGUUCCUGAAGUACUUGAAAUGGAGACGAGAGUUUGUUCCAAAUGGCUCCAUUUCUCCAUCAGAGGUCUCGAAUGAAAUUGCGCAGAAUAAAGUAUUUGUGCAAGGAACAGAUAAGAAAGGACGCCCUAUAAUGGUAGCUUUUGGUAGUAGACAUUAUCAAAACAAAGAAAGCUCUGAGGAAUUGAAACUGUACGUCUUGGAUAAAAUUUGCGCAAGGACGUCACCAGAACAGGAGAAAUUUGUUGUCCUUGCAGAUCUUCAAGGCUGGGGAUAUGCAAACAGCGAUGUCCGAGGAUGCCUGGCAGCUCUAGCUAUUCUGCAGGUAUAUAUAUAUAUAUAUAACUCGGUCUUAUAUUUAUGGGUUCAUCUGAUUUUUCUGAUGAAUAAGGAAGCAAGCAACAAUGGCUUGUUUUCACUGUCAAUUGGCCAAUUGCAGGACUACUACCCUGAAAGACUAGGGAAACUGUUCAUUGUGAACGCUCCAUACAUUUUUAUGGCUGUCUGGAAAAUUAUCUACCCUUUCAUAGAUAAUAACACCAAGAAGAAGAUAGUAUUUGUGGAGAACAAGAAGCUGAAAUCCACCCUCUUAGAAGACAUCGAUGAGAGCCUAACCCCAGAUAUAUACGGAGGGCGGCUGCCACUAGUUCCAGUCCUUUGAUUGCUGAAGCUGAUUGACGAACUAGCCGAUGGGACAGAAAUAAAUGGAUACAACAAUUACCUUCACCGAAAUGUCUAGACCUGUACGCUAGGACUGGCCGCCACUGAAAUGAACAUCAUGAUGUACCUGUUUAAUCUCAUGUCUUCUCAACUGUAAUAAGCUAUAAGUGCAUAUGCCUUGUGAAACACUAGCUUAUAUCGGAACUUAUAAACAUUUAUAAUUUUUUAAAUAAAAUAAUAAAUAACGGCAAUAAGACUUUUUACCA